GAACGCGGGCCGAACAGCGGCGAAGGUGGCGUCAUAUGUUUCUCUCGCUCGCUCGUCUCGCUGUCUGUGAAGGAAGAAGGAAGAGCAAUGGCGACGCUGUACCGCCGCGCGCUCGUACUGCACACAGGAGCCACAACACACACUGUAGUUGGGGAAUAGUUGAACAGUGAGUAGAGAGGAGCGCGUCCACCUCGAGCCCUCCAGAGCCAUGCACAGCAAGAACCAGAGGAGACACUGCUCGCCCAGCAGCUCCAGGACGCCUCUGGUUCCUGUCAAGGCCAAGAUGUCGGUGGGCCAAAGCGAGGUGGAGCCCCUUCCCUUCCGGGUUCCUCGCGAUUACCCACACUCACGUUUCAGCAAGGCGCCGCUGGCCGUCUAUCCGCCCAAAGGAGCCCGAGCCAAGGCCUGCGUGUCUUUACCUGUGGUGAGUCUGGAGAAGAUGCCGUGUUUCAGUCGAUCGGAGGGAGCGCACAUCAAAGUCAACUCCACGUCUCCCACGCCGGGCUCUUCCCUUUCUUUCUCUUCCACGUCUUCCUCUCCAUCCGCCGCUCCUCUCAAGUCCUCCUUGACGUCACCAGCAUCUCACAAGAACCAGGAGAAGUUCCUGAACGGUCGCGGUCCCGUGACGCCUCGCUCCACCACGCCCCCUUCGUUGAUUGACAGGCGGCCCAGCCCGUCGCGGUCGCCCUUGGAGAAACGGCCCGCCCCCUCGCCCUCCCCACAGGACAGGAGGCCCGCGGCGUCCACGUCUCCAUCCUUAUUGGACCGGAGACCGAUAGUCCCUCCUUCUCCACCGGACAGGAAGCACCAGAACGGAGCCAAAGGCGGACGGCACCGGAGAGUGUCGGGGAGAGUGUUUGAUCCUAAUAAACACUGUGGGGUUUUGGACCCAGAGACAAAGCGGCCUUGCACCCGAUCUUUAACUUGUAAGACUCACUCACUGACCCAUCGGCGAGCUGUCCCGGGACGGAGGAAAGACUUCGACUUCCUUCUGGCGGAGCAUAAGGGACGAGCGAAGGAGAAGGAGACGGGGCAGAAAAAGGACGUUCAAGCAAGCAGCCAAUCAGUGCAGGUCACACAGUCACAUGACGCAGCAACCAGCCUAUCCACAAGCUGUACCAAUGCCAAGACCACGCCCACUCUCAAACUGCAGCUGGCCAAUUCACACUUACACAGAGCGUCUGUCGGCGGUGCAGUCGUGUUCAGCUCUGCGCCCGUUCCUCCUCCUGAACCUGCGCCCGGCUGGCAGCGCUGCAGCGGAGACGCGCGUCUGUCCAGCGACGAAGGAGAAACCGACCUCCCUGAGGAGUCCGAGAAGCCGCUGUGCCACUAUUCUCCGCACCACCCGCGACCCAUGAGCUGUUGUGCGUUCAGCAGUCGGUUGAUGGGACGGGGUCACUACGUGUUCGACAGACGGUGGGACCGGGUGCGGCUGGCGCUUCACUGCAUGGUGGAAAAACACGUCAACUCUCUCAUGUGGAGGAAAGUCCCCCUAGCGGUGGAGAGCAUGACGAGCCCGACUGAAGUUUCCCCCCUCGGCUCUCCGUUCGUCCCCAACCACGCGCUGGCGGCUCCUCUGGACGGCGUCUCCAUGGUCUCGUACUCCACCUCUUUCUCUCACAACGGCGCUGGGGUGUUCUGCAUCCGGGACCCCGAACCCGGAGCCAGACCGCAGCGGAAUAAACCGGCCAAGCCGCCCAAAGCCUCAGGGGACGGAACGGGAUCAAAAAAGCGGAAAGCGCCUCCCGCCUCUGAGUCACGAAAGCGCGAGCGCGGGAACAGCGGGAACAGCUACCAUCUGCCACUGGGCGCGGCGCACAUCAGUAACGGGACGGCGGCCCUUAGCGUGCGGGCCAAACCUAGGCCGAGGGACCAGGACAGGUACGGGAGCGUGGAGCUGUCCCUCCCGCAGGCGCUCACCGGGGAUCACGGGGGCGUCUCGUCCCACAGCCCGCUGCCCUACGGCUCCUCUGAUGGGAGGAAGAGGAAGAGCUCCGGAUCGAGCGCCGGCAGCGACAAACCCAGCAAAAGCACCAAAUCCACAGCACUGGACGGGAUAUUCAGGAAGAGCAGCGGCGGUUUGCUGUCGUCAGUCGCCGAAUCCACCCACAGCGCCAUCCCCAGACAGCCCAAGGUCCCUCACUGAUGCAGUGUGAGUUUGAGAAGAGCUCCGGACGUCCUGUGAAGGCUGUAGACGCGGGACGCCAGCACCGUGUCUGUCCUGCCUUUAUCCCACCGCUGCCUCUACGGUUGAGUCGCGUCCUUUGCGUCCUCCUCUUCCUCCUCUUCCUCCGUUUCCUCCUUUCCUACGAGGCUUAUUCCGUUCCGUUCCGUUCCGUUCCGUUCCCAUUAGGAAUAAACGCUUCAUCCGCCAGCUUUUCGUUUCCUUUCGAAAUGACACAAACUUCAGUUUCACGCAGAUUCAGAUUUUGAUUUAACCAGUACACGACGCGUUUCAGACAUUCAACGAUAUGGAGUUUUCUUUUUAAUUUCGCGUAGAUGGGGACAACAUGAAGGAAAACCCUUCGGACUCAACCGUGUCGAUCUAAAGUGCACUUAAUUUCACGUGUGAACUACGGACAAAGGAACGUUUCAAACAAGGGAAUAUUUUACAGACGCUUUUUCGGCAAGUUGUAUUUUUCUAAAUGGGAUGAAUUCAGGUUUUUGAGUAUUUGUUUUUGUGUUCGUGGAUUUAAAAACAAACAAACAAAACAAAGCCAGGACUCGCACCCCUGUUGUAAAGCGACUGAUGAAUUUUGUAUAAUAAUUUAUCCUUUAUUAAUUUUCUAACUGACCUGAUUUAGUGCUUCACACAAGUUGAGCAGAAGUAUAUUUGUAUGCCAUUUUAAAGGUUUAAAGUAUUAUAGAGACCCUAUUGUUGGAAAUGUGUGUACAUAUCUUUUAUUAUAAUUGUCUUGUUUUGUAUUUAUUGUUAGUGUCUCUCAGAGGUUCAAGGAUUUAGUGCUUUCUAUCUUCCUCAGUCAUGUAUCUUCAUAGACCUACACGUGGUUGGUUAUGAAA